GACAAAAGACUAGGAUUCUACAAAUGUGCCCCAAAGGAUUUCAUGUCAUCUUUUUUUUUUUUAAAACAAAAAAAAUCAACUAGUAUAUCACGCGAACUGCUUUUGUGAGAACUUUUCAUUGUCUCACUUACCAACAAUUCACUCCUCAAAACUUUCCUUCUGCUUUCUAACCCCCCCAAACCAUCCAACAUACACAAAUUCUUGGAGGAAAAAAAAAACCAACUGCCUUAAAGAAAAUGGCUAGGCAGAACCACAACAUCCCUGAAACUGAAACAAACUCCUCUUCUGCUCUUGUUCCUAUACUUGUAGAUCCCAUAGCUAUGAUUGAUGAAGAACUGCCUACUCCAGUCGAGGCACCGAUCGUGUCAUCUUACAAUGAUCAAAUACGCCCCCUGCUUGAUGCAAUUGAUAAGCUCCGCCUCCUAAAGGUCAUGCAGGAAGGUAUACAGCUUCCAACAAUUGUGGUGGUUGGUGACCAAUCGUCCGGAAAGUCUAGUGUUCUUGAAUCACUUGCUGGCAUCAGCCUCCCCCGAGGCCAAGGCAUUUGCACCAGGGUGCCACUCAUAAUGAGGCUUCAGCAUCACUCAGAUCCUCUCCCGGAGUUUCACUUGGAAUUUAUGGGUGGAACUGUCCAGAUCAGUGAAGCCCAUAUUUCUGAUGCCAUAAAUCAAGUAACUGAUGAUAUUGCUGGCUCUCAUAAAGGCAUAUCACACACCCCAUUAACAUUAGUAGUGAAGAAAAAUGGUGUACCUGAUCUUACAAUGGUUGAUUUGCCUGGAAUCACUAGGGUGCCUGUUCAUGGGCAGCCUGAUGAUAUAUAUGAGCAGAUAUCAGCCAUAAUAAUGGAGUAUAUAAGGCCAGAAGAGAGCAUUAUACUGAAUGUUUUAUCUGCAACUGUUGAUUUUCCGACUUGUGAAUCCAUCAGGAUGUCACAGCGGGUGGACAAGACCGGCCUGAGAACUCUGGCUGUUGUUACCAAAGCCGACAAAGCUCCUGAAGGUCUGCUAGAUAAAGUAAUGGCAGAUGAUGUGAAUAUCGGGCUUGGCUAUGUGUGCGUUAGGAAUCGCAUAGGUGAUGAAUCGUAUGAUGAAGCUCGAAAGGAAGAAGCUCAUUUAUUCGAAACCCACCCGCUUCUCUCAAAAAUUGACAAAUCUAUGGUCGGUAUUCCAGUUCUGGCCAAAAAGUUGGUGCAAAUUCAAGCUUCAAUAAUAGGAAAAUGCUUGCCAGAGAUUGACAAAAAGAUUAAUGACAAGCAGGCUGCAAACAUUUCAGAACUCAACAAAAUGCCUAAGAAUCUGACUUCUGUUCCAGAAGCAAUGUCUGCUUUGAUGCAGAUUAUUGGAUCCUCCGUGGAGUCUCUCAGGAAAGUCCUCUUGAGAGGCGAGUUUGAGGAAUACCCAGAUGACAAACACAUGCAUUGCACUGCACGACUUGCAGAAAUGCUCAACCAGUGUGCUCAGGAACUGCAAAAGAGUUCAGAAAAUAACUACACGGACAAUUUUCUAAUGAAGGAGAUAAAGGUUCUUGAGGAAACCAGAGGUAUUGGGCUACCAAAUUUCCUUCCUCGCACGGCUUUUCUCAUGCUCCUGCAGAAAAAAGUAAAUGAGAUAUCAGCAUCACCAGUUCAGUUUCUCUCUGACAUAUGGGACUACAUUGAGACAGUGGUGAUUGCUGUUUUGAUGCGGCACUCUGAACAUUAUCCACAACUAAAGUCAUCUACAAAAAGAGCAGCCCAAAACCUUAUUGCCAAGAGGAAGGAAAUGUCAGUUGAUCGAGUGGUGGAGAUAAUUGAGAUGGAGAAGAUCACCGAUUACACUUGCGAUCCUGAAUAUAUGACACUAUGGGGUAAGCUCAUGGCUAACAAUAAUGUCUUCCUUGACGUUAUGAAUAAUAAUUGGAAGUCCCCACAGAUCACUUUUGAUGGUUUUGGGGAUGUUGAAGUUGGGCAUUUGCGGUUCUUCCCUAAUAUUAGAGACCAAGCAUUUGACAUAAAAAUGAGAAUUACUGCGUACUGGAAGAUUGUUCUGAAAAGACUUGUUGAUUGCAUGGCUCUGCACCUGCUAUUUAGUGUUAAGAGUCUGGUGAACAGGGACAUGGAGAUGGAGAUAGUGAAUGAACUCAUGGGUCCUCAUGGUGGUGGACUCGAACAGUUGCUAGAAGAAGCGCCAUCGAUUGUCGUAAGGCGUGAGAUAUUGAACAAACGUCUCAAGCUGCUGAAGGACUCUAAGGAAGUUGUUGCUAAGGUCAUGGACAUAAUUGCCAUCAAUGCUGAUUAGGUUUUUGCAUGUUGCUUUUAAUAUCUUGGUUCUUGUCACAGUUCACCUUAUGUUGUUUCACAUAUUUGAAGUUUUCUGUUUUGGUAGUUUUACUUGCCAGAAUGCCUGAAAUCCCAUAUCAUUCUGAUGGAAACUCUUCUGUGGCAUUAAUGUUAUGUUUGUGUUUGGUAGUGUGUUGCUAAAGUAUUUUAAAUAAUGCAUUGCAAAGAAAUGGAAAGUAUUAUGCGUUAGUAUAUGAUAUUGUCUUGUCUAUUUCAACUGGUGGAUUUGCAAUUAGACUUGAUUCAAAUGCAUUGCUGAAAAUGAUUUAAUGAUUAUUAUGGUAC